AUGCUUCGCCAAUGCUGUCGCAGUAGAGCAUUGGCUGCCCUGCGUCCGCGCACAGUACAGCCGCAACCCGUCGGUCAAUUUUUCUCUCUGCUGCGCAACUCAACAUGCGGUCCUACCAAUUGUUCAGGUCAACAGGCCCGUCACUUGUCAACGACAAAAACCCAGCGUGCUCAGGAUGAGUCGAAACACACACAGUUGUCGGAGGAAUUCAAGGAGUGCUUUGCACUCCCCGAAAUGUCCUCCCCCGAGACAUGGAGUAAACCGGGCUCCUCGAUCGUCGUGAGCGGACACAUCGGCCGAACAAGAAAGGUCGGCAAGAACUUGGCCUUUGCCCACUUGGAGCGCAACGGAGAACGAAUUGGCCAAAUUUGUGCCAAGGGUGACAAUGCGGCUAUCCUGGGAAAGAUUCGUCCCUUCAGUGCUGUUUUGGUCAAGGGUGUUACGACGCAUGCAUCGGGUGCAUCGGGUGCGACUCGGUUCGAGAUAGAUAUGGACUCGAUACAAUACCUCAACCCUUUCCCCAAGGACAUUAUCAUCGGUCCUGAUACCGUCUUUCCGCCAGAGCAGCGACAUCUGCAGCUGCGCUUCCACAAAGAGCUGAAGGAGAGACUGCGCUUCCGUGCCCAGCUCAAGUCGUCAAUGGGACAGGCGAUGGUAGACAGGGAAUUCAUGGAUGUCGAGACGCCCAUCCUCUUCAAGUCCACUUCAGAAGGCGCAAGAGAAUUCAUUGUGCCGACACGGCGACCCAGAUACGCCUAUGCGCUACCGCAGAGUCCGCAGCAGUACAAGCAGGUCCUGAUGGCCUCUGGCAUGGGAGGCUACUACCAGUUUGCGCGAUGCUUCCGCGAUGAAGAUCAUCGCGCAGACCGUCAACCCGAGUUCACUCAGUUGGACAUGGAAAAAUCCUUCGCUACAGGCAAGACCAUCAUGGAGGACGUCGAAUAUGUGGUCGGGCGUGCCUGGGAUGCUGUAAGAGAGCAGUAUGUCAUGGAAGUGGGAGAAGACUCAUUCGCGCCGGUCAGGAAAGCAUCACUCGAGGACUGGAAGCAAAGUGUCCAGGACAGUGCGAAAGACGACGCGAAAGCACCUCACUACCAAGAAUACCCAGUCAUCUCUACACCGUUCCUGAGAAUGAAGUACACCGACUGUAUGGACCUAUACGGGUCUGACAAGCCGGAUCUGCGCAUUCCCAACAGAAUAAGUCGUGUUGACGAGAACCUGAACAAGGACUUUGUCAGCAUGAUCACCGACCUCGACGCGCCCAUUGUCGAAGUUUGGAAAAUCAGCCCACACGAAGACGCUGACAGGCGGGAGGUGUGGAAGUUUGUGACGGAGUUCAUGGAGAACCUUCCCAAGAGCCUGUCACAAAACCCAGACGGUGCUCCCACAGCCUUGAUGUUCGACAGCAGUAAGCCGCUCAACGGAUUCUCUGCCUUGGGUCCCGAAGGCCUGGAUAGCAUACUAGGGGCGCUCCCUGAGGAUGCUGGCUUUUCCUCGCUUGAGAAUGGAGACAUUGUCAUGUUCCAAGCGCGCAAGAACCAACCCCAGCAAGGAGGCUCGACGAAACUCGGCGAAGCGAGAAUCGCCUUGUACCACGCCGCCGUCGAAGCUGGCCUCCUAGACCGGGACGACAGCUUCAAAUUCCUCUGGGUAACCGACUUUCCCAUGUUCACCCCGGAAGAGGAGGGCGACGUCGGGCAAGGCGGGGCAUCGGGCUUCUCGGCCACCCACCACCCCUUCACGUCGCCUCAUUCCGAGGAGGACUUUGAGCUCCUCUUCAAGGACCCGCUCAAGGCCAAGGCCGACCACUACGACCUCGUUCUCAACGGCGUGGAGCUCGGCGGGGGUAGCCGCCGUAUCCACAUUGCAGAGAUCCAGGAGUUCAUCUUCCGCGACAUACUCAAGAUGAGCCAGGACAAGAUCAAGGAGUUUUCGCACCUGCUCAAGGCGCUACGUGCGGGAUGUCCGCCGCACGCUGGCUUUGCCAUCGGCUUUGAUCGUUUUGUUGCCGUCCUGAGCGGCUCGUCCUCUGUCAGGGACGUCAUUGCGUUCCCGAAGAACAAUAACGGCGUGGACGAGUUCGCUGGAGGACCGGGCAAGAUGACGAAGGAGCAGCUCCUGACGUACAACCUGCAGUUCCGGAAAAAGGAAUAA